UCGUCCGGGACAUUUCUGUCCCGUUGUAGUUUCUGCACUCCGUCGCUUACUUGGAGCAGAGACAGGCCUUGUUGAUGCCUAAAAGAAACGACAAACCAAUAUUUCCAUCAAGGCACUCUCUUAGUGGCUCGGCAAGGAAACGCCUCAAACAUGACAAUUUCAAAUCUCCGGUGAGAGUUCAAACAGAUUCGUCAAAGCCUACAGAAUCAAAGGAGAAUUUAACAAAAGAAGUUGAAAACUUGCAACAAAGUGCCGAGGAACUACAAGCGGAAAUUGCGUCCCUGACAAAUGAGGGUUAUUGUGAGGAGGAACUUCAGACCCAUAUUGAGAAGAUGCACGAGUACAACGAGCUGAAGGACACUGGACAGAUGCUGCUGGGAAAAAUUGCACUCGUUGAAGGUGUGACAACCAAAGAUCUGUAUGAACGAUUUGGUCUCAACCUCGACGACUGACUGAAGCGUUCAGCGAAGAAGCCAUGACUUACCCCCGGGCGUCGCUGCCUUGCCCCCCACCCCGGACGCCUGCUUGAACUCCUCCUCCAUGUCCUUUUCCCUGGAGUGUUUGAGCAUCCCGUAGGCAGGUACGUGGUGGGUGGUGGAGGUGCGGACCGUCCGGCGAGAUGGCAGGAGGGAGGGGUUCAUCCCGCGAAGCAUACCCACUUCCUUCAGGACGUUGUUGCCGCCGGUGCUCGUGUCUGUAAGAUACCCAUUUUGAAA